UGCUCACACAGCUGCCUCCUGCCUGAGAGCUGGGGACUCCUCAGGAAAGACCAUAGGCCCCGACUGUGGAUUUGGAGCACCUUGUCCCAACAGCGACAGCUUCUCCACUGUGCACGGCUGCUCCUCCCCCACACCCCCAGACCUACCUUCUGCCCCCGGCUGGGCCCAGCCGCCAUGACAGACACGCCAGUGGAGGAGUCUUUCUUCCAAAUCAUCCACUGCUACCACCAGUAUGCGGCCCGGGAAGGGGAUGUGGAAACCCUGACCUUGGAGGAACUGAGGGCCCUGCUCUUGGACAACGUGCCCCGCUUCAUGGAGAACUUGGGCCGAAAGGAGCCAUACUAUAUCAUGGAGCUGUUCCGGGCAGCAGACAAGAACAAGGACAACCAGAUCUGCUUUGACGAGUUCAUCUACAUCUUGGGCAAGCUGGUGAAGGACUACCACCUGCAGUACCACCGGCAGCUCUGCGCCCACCACUGCACCCAGCACAGCCUCUACUAGAGGGAGGACAGGAGGUCCCCUGGAGCCGGCCACGGGGAGGUGUGUCCUGGCUAAGGGCAGCUGGAUGGUGAUCUCCGCUGUGUGCGUUGCUGUGUGUCUGUGUGUGUGUGCACAUACAUGUCUGCGGAAGGACGGCUGGGUGGGAGGAGAAUAA